CCAGCACUAUAAACACGCUCCCGGCCCAUGCAUCCUCCGUUGUCGUCAGGAGCCCACGUUUUUUUUUGGCAUCUAAAAACCCGUGGGAUUAAGCAUGAUCAAGAACUGCUCCAUCUUCAUCCUAGCACCCAUUAUCUUUAUGCAAUAUGAUUGGGCAAAUGCUUCGGCAAGGACAAGGGAUUACUCGCACCUCAACAUUGUGAACUCGCCGUCGUUGCCACCAUACAAGGACGUAAUCGGCGGCGCUCCAGCACCAGCAGCCAACGUUCCUCCGUCGCCGCCGUACUGCGUGUACCCUCCCCCCGCAAAGCCUGCCUUGCCGGCCCCGCUGCUGCCGGUGGUGGCGAGCGCGCCCGGCGCGUCCAACUCCCCGCCCGCCGGCCCGCCGUCCAUCGCUCCGUCGUCGCCAGGCAGUAGCCAGCCGCAGCCGGCGCCGCUUUUUCUGCCGCCUGUGGCGUUCCCGGCGCCCCCGCCAGGGCAUGCGCGUCCGGCGGGGCUAUGGUGCGUCGCGAACCCGGCGGCGGCGAGCACGGUCGUGCAGGCGGCGAUGGACUACGCGUGCGGGUCGGGCGCGGACUGCAGCACGAUGGCGGCGCCAGGCGGGCCGUGCUACCUGCCGGACACGCUGGUGGCGCACUCCUCCUACGCGUUCAACAGUUACUGGCAGCGCACCAGGGUCGCCGGCGGGACAUGCGACUUCGGCGGCGCCGCCAUGCUUGUCACCAGAGACCCCAGUUAUGAUGGUUGUCAGUACAUUUACAUGUGAAUGUUCGGAUUUCGUCGGAGAUAUUUUGGAUACACUUCUGUGCAAAUAAACCACACUCAUGUGUCGUUGGCUUUGGCGUCAUAUUCCUCCGAUUAAUAUAGUCCUACCUACCUGUAAUAUCAUAGGCAUAAAUGUUUGUUUUGUAUUAAUAAUGUUUUGUAUAAGAUGAAAGGAACUGGGCUAAUGUCAUGUCAUCAUGGUAAAGUUGCAAAUAUUACGCAACGAUGAAAUUAGUAUCGUUUGUGUGUUUUUUUUAAAGGAAAUAUAUUAAUAUCUUCAUUUC